AUGCCGAAAACGACGCUCACGAACAUCAAAACGCCAAAUUCGUCGAACCCAUCGUCUCUCAAGCCUCGAUACGAGAUCCGGCAACUAGAACAUAGGCAUGCUGAAUGGGCUGCUGUAAUUGUAAGCCACAGCAACAGUUUCUACUCUACAGUGUGGCCAUUCCUGUAUCCAGCGAAGGAUGGCAAGGAUAUGAUCCAAUUAGCGAUCGAUGCAGACUACCUUGUACGAUACCAGAUCGGUAGCGGCCUUUCGUUUGGAGCAACAGCUGGCAAACUUUGCUGGGACCUCUCAGAGCCGAGCGUCAAAGAGGAGGGUCUCGAAGCUGAAGCCGAACGGCUGUUAGAGCAGAUGGACUUCCCUCUUGUCAGUGUGGCGCUCUCAUAUGAUGUCCACAACGCUCUGGACACAGGCAAGAUGGAGCCGCUCCUGGCGGCCCUGCCACAUCUUGGACUGGCGUAUCAUGUCCUCGAAGAACUUGAUGGCAGAGAUCCUGAGAACUUGACACCAAAGGGACCGAACGAAGUCAUAUUCCGCAACGCGACCUCGACGCGUCGAGAUUAUGAGGGCGACGGCAUCAUGACUGCUCUAGCGCGCUGGUUGAUGCGCGAAGCUGCAGUCAGUGGCUAUAGGGGCAUUCAGAUCGAGGCUCUGGCUGACGCCGUCAUUCACGUCUGGAGUACAGCUGAGUCGCCUUUUAAGGGCGCGGUAGUCAGCGAAUUCCAUACUGAUACAUGGAAGGACGAGAAGGGAAACCUUGGGUUUGCUCCAGCGCAUCAGAGGAUAGCGAAGUACUAUGUCGAUCUUAAGCCGCAGGCAUGA